AUGAUUGUCCAUAUAUUCCUCAAGGAUAAGCGUAAAACUAUAGAAGAACUGGUAAUAGCAAAAGGUGAAGCAGCUGUUACACGACUAGAACCCUUUGGUGGAUAUAUUCUCAAACCUAACUACUAUGAAUUCUGGCAAGGGCAAAGUGAUCAUAUCGACGAUCGUAUGGAAUUUCGAAAAUCAGGCAAUGACUGGGAAAUUCACAGACUUUCACCGUAA